AUGGCGACUUCAGGCAUUCACCCGCCUCCUCCUUUCCUUCCACACCCCGGGGAACCGGCGGUGCCAUGGAAGCAUUGGUUGUCCGCUUUUGACACCUACGUGGCAGCCGCGGCAAUCAAAGACGAAGCAGACAACAAGCCUCGACUACGCGCCCUUUUGACUCAUUGCUUAGGACUGGAAGGGCAGCGGAUACUUUCGACGGAGACAGAGACGGAAUCAUACGUUCAGUUACGUGAUGUGUGUGCGACGUUGUUCGGACCGAGACUCAAUUCUAUGGUCGAGAGAUUCAAAUUCCGACAAAGAAAGCAACAUCAAGGAGAGUCCGUGAAGCAAUAUGUGUUUGCUCUGAGACAGCUAGCAGCCACUUGCAAGCUUGGACCGUUGCAUGACGAAAUGAUUAGGGAUCAACUUAUAGAAAAGACGGUUUGUGGUAAAGUGAGAGACCGCUUGUUGGAAGAAGAUGAAGAUCUUACUCUAGACAAAGCAAUUGUACUGGCAUCACGAAUGGAAGAGGCGGCUAGGGAUUCAGCAGCUAUUGCGACAGUGUCAGGUAGCGUAAUGGAUGCAGUGCCAGGAGGUUCAACUAAUACAGCUUUGGGUCAAUUGGCACAGGAGUCACGUGGGAUUCGUCAAGUACAGACACGGCCAGGUAAAAGCGGCUGGAGUAGCAGAGGAGACGGCAAAUGUGGUAACUGUGGGUUCGCGGUUCACAAGGGUUCAACAUGCCCAGCAUCAACACAGACCUGUAGAAAAUGUGGGAGAAUAGGACACUACGCACGUUGCUGUAGGUCAAAGAAACAGUCACAGAUCCAGGAAGUUGAUUGUGGCAAUGAGCAAGGGGUAGAGUUGGAGACCGUUCGAAUCAAUGUUGUUGGUGGUCAGUCCAGUACACUCGAGUAUCGCCAAUGCGUUUGCGAGUUAGCUGGUGUCAGUUUGUCACUUGUUAUUGACUUGGGGGCGAAGGUUUCAGUGCUGUCAAAAAGGUCAUAUGAUCGAUGGUUUUCUUGGAGUAAGCUGGAACCAGCAAAUCGAAAGCUAGUUGGUUAUGCAGGAUCGCCAAUAAAGGUGUUGGGAAAGGCAAAGCUACCAGUCCGAUACCGGAGAUGUCAAUUAGCAGAGUUUCCAUUCUAUAUUACAGACAAGGGGACAGACAUACUAGGUCUCGACUUGUUUGAUGCCCUGGGAUUUCAAAUUUGUUGGGAUCCAGAAGAACUAGGCAGUCAUAGUGUACAAGCGGUUGACUUGCUCAACGAUGGAGUUACUAAGGGAGGUUGGAGUCGGAGAUGGCCUAGGGUGUUCAGUGGAUUGGGGAAAGCCAAUCACUUUGUUCAUUGCCCGUUAGUGAACACCACCGUACCACCGAUUAUGCAGCCACUUAGGAGAUUGCCACUGGCUCUACGAGAGAGGGUGGCAGAGGAGUUGGAUCGUUGGGAGAGUUUGGAUAUCAUUGAAAAAGUGGAUUCAUCCCCAUGGAUCUCAAAUUUAGUAGUUGUAUGGAAGAAAUCAGGGGCAAUUAGACUCUGCGUAGACCUUCGAAGAGCCAAUCAGGCAAUCAUACCUGGCAAGCAUCCACUUCCAACAAUGGAAGACAUACAGUGCCUUGCCAAAAGUCAUGCUUCUAAUUUCACACGCCUUGUGUUAUAUCCUGUACAUUAG